AUGGAGCACGCCAUCUUUGUGGUUCCGGACUCCUUCCUUCACGAAGAACCCGCUGUGACCCCGCCACGAAGUGGAAUCGACAGGAUGAAACGUGCGGAUUUGAUCGCAGAACUUUGCCGGGAGCAGAUGAGGACGCAGUCGAUGGUGAAGCGCAAGGACGAGCUGAAGGCCACCUUGCUGCAGUGCAACAAGCUGCUGACGGACACCAGGCGCGCAUUGCAGGAUCAGGAGCGGGAGCACCAGUUGACCAUAUUCCAAAACCAGGAGUUAACCAGGGAACGGGACGCUUUGGCCGCCGAGAGAGACGCUCUGCUGCAGCAGCUCCAACAGGAGAUGGCCAGGAGCGAGGCUCUGCGCCAACAAGUGCUGGAGCAGGACCAGUCCAAGGAUGCCAUCGUGGAGAGCAUCCUGCAGGAGAACGCAGCCCAGGAGACGCACCUGAGAUCGGCGAUCGGGGAGCUUGCCGACCAGCGGGACUUGUUCCACGACAAGAUGCACGAGGUGGAGGAACAGCUGGAGAAGAUCCACGAGGAGAACAACUGUUCGGUCUGCCUGUCGCCCUGGGAGGCAGAGGGCGCCCAUCGCAUGGUGUCCCUGAAGUGCGGCCAUCUCUUCGGCGACAGUUGCAUCCGCCUGCAUUUGAGCCGUGUAAAAGAAUGCCCAUUUUGCAAGCAGCAGGUGCGGGAUCGCGAUAUCCGGUACAUUUUCGGAUGCCACGUUCUGCGAACUCCUCCAUCGGCACAGGCUGCUCCCAUGCCGCGUCAAGUUCAGGCUGUUCCUCAAGUCCAGGCUGUUAACCAAGCCCAGGCUGCUCCUCGAGUUCAAGCUGUAAAUCAAGCUCAGGCUGCUCCUCGAGUCCAGGCUGCUCCUCCAGUCCAGGCUGUAAAUCGAGCUCAGGCUGUUCCUCAAGUGCGAGCAGUAAAUCAAGCUCAGGCUGCUCCCCAAGCCCCUCCUCACCCACAAGCUGUCCAUCACAACCAACGUAACAUCCAAAACUCUCGAAAUGGUAUGGCGCGAGUACUAUAA